UAACUCGCAUUAUAAAGUUAUGAUAAUGUUUUACUGAAAUAAAUGAAAUGAAAUUAAGGUUUUCCUUGUAAAUCCAAAUUUCAUGAUGUUAUAUUUACCAUAACCUUAGUGAGUCCCAUCCUUUUUCAUUCCUCCCCUUGACUGAUUUUACCCUGUGUGUUACUUCUUUGUUGUUAUAUUGAAGAGGAAGUACUCUGGGCAUUUUUGCACUUCAAAGAAUUAGUCGGGUCUCACAAGGAGUGUGUGUGGCUGUGUGAGUGUGUGUGUGUGACAUUUCUAUCUUGUAUUUUAUUAUACAAAUACAUGGGUUACUGGUGGAUUAAUGCAUAACGGUUAUGAGAAACAGCUGAUCAACAGCAAUAUGGGUGAGACAGACAGUCGAUGUAGCCACAUGUACAGGAGAAUCAUGCAGCAUCAAUGGUACCGGCAAAAUGUCCUCAAAUCAAUGGCUGUCUACGGUAUUUUUGCUGUGAUUGGAGGUAUCAAAGGUCAGAUAGGCCCAGCAUUCCUCGACCUUCAGAGUAUAUCAGGAGUUGGUUUGGACGAAGGGUCAUGGAUUGUUACAAGUCUAUACAUAGGCUACACACUUGGAGCACUGGCCAACGGCUUUCUUUAUCAUCGAUGUAAUAGUGACCUCCUGUUCGCGGUCAGUGCACUGUGUUUGGCGGCCAUUGUAGUCGCUAUCCCGUGGUGUACUGUGUACAGCCUUAUGGUCGCCUGCCAUGCCAGUAUGGGCCUAGUUGUUGGACUUAUAGAUGCAGCUGGCAAUGCAGAAAUUAUUCGCCUGUGGAAAACGAAAAGUAAAACUGUCCUGGUGGGUCUUCAUGUAAUAUUUAACGUCGGCGGGGUAAUUUCGCCAUUAAUCAUUGCUCCGUUUCUCAUGAGGAAAGCUGGGGUGACGGAGGAAAGGGCAAUCGACAUGCCAGAUCUAACACCCAUAUCAGCAAGUGAAAGAGUGAACAUAUCUUUACAACUUUCAACCAACUAUAUUGAACAGAAUUCAACCGACGAUAUAACACAGAUUCACGGACAUCAGGUUUCCAGGAUACAUGUGGCUUAUCUUAUCUCCUCCACAUUCUGUGUUAUUCACGCUCUGUGGUUUGUUUGUUUAUACUUCGCUGAAAAGAAAAAUAGAGGUGAACGUUUACAAAUGAAUAACAAAUUUUCGAAAAGACCACAAAAUUCAAAUGAAGAGGAGCAGGAACAUUUAAAUAAACAAGUACUUUCAAAAGAGCAGAAACCUAUAGAGUGUAUAAAUGAGCAGCAACUGGACCAUUCAUAUGAACAACGCUUUUCAAAUGAAGUGGACGAUUCUGAAUUGACAGGUGAAAAUCAAUCUCAGAAUACCAGCGGCAAGUGUAAUCGACAUAUUCCAAGGCACCUGCAGAUUCUUGGACUCGUUGUUAUGGUAACAAUGGGCAGUAUAAGUAAUGCCAUCGAUUUUUCUUUUUCCACUUACUUAUCUUCGUUCUGUGUGGAGUACCUCCACUGGAGUAAGGCCAGCGGUUCUAUGAUUACAUCAUUACUCUUUAUUAUGGUAGUUAUGGGAGGAACGUUGAGUAUGUUUUUAACAAAAUGUGUUAACAGCAUUGUCUAUAUAGGUAUACAGAUCAUUCUUAUACUAGUUUCUCUGUUACUUCUUAUAACGAGCAUCACUCUUCGUUUCAGCAUAGGAGUUUGGCUAUCAGCUCCUUUGUUUGGAUUUGCCAAGUCGGCAAUUUUUCCUUUAGUCAUAUCAUGGACUAAUAAGUCAUUCAUUCGUGUAUCUGGUCGUGUUUCAUCCGUGUUCUUUGUUGGAGCCAUGGGAGGAUGUUCUAUAAAUCUAUAUCUCCUGGCAGCCGUUAUGGAAAGUAUGGGUAAAAUCUGGUUAUGUUAUAUCCUUACUCUGGAAAGUGGUCUGUUAAUUAUGUUCUUCAUAACCGCUGUAUUACUCUCACUGUAUGUCAAACGUAGGAACCGAAAACAUUUAGGAUGAAAAACAAGUUGAGCAGAAAUAAGAUAUAAAGGGAAUUCAUGUAUUAUGAUAUACAUAUCAUUUAAGGCAGGUCAUUAUUGAAUGUUAAAUUUGAAGCAUGUUCAUCGCAAAAUCAAAGCAUGUUUAUCGCCAAAUCAAUGACAUCAAUCGUUAUUUACAUUUCAUUUCCAUAAAUUCUGAUAAAAUUCACUUUUGCAGCAAGUAGUACGUCUCAUUUAUUUUCAUGCAUUUCCUACCCGUUAUUGACCCUGCAAGUCAUUCCCGAAAUUUAUUAUUCAAAGUGUACGAUUUGUCCAUCUAAAAUACCGUUAGCGGUAUCUGGAUAACUCAAUAGUUAUUGAGGAGUAAGAACUCCUAAAAUAGUCAGGCUAAUAACGAUGAUAAGCUUUACUCCAAUCAAGAACUUAUGUGGCACAUGUGUGUAUACUUACGAUUUUUUUUAGUCUUUAAAUUUAUACUUUGAUUUGACAAGCUUCGUGUUUGCCAGCCAAACUCUUACACUUGGUUUGCGAUACCCUUGUCCACGGAAAAGGUCCAUGUAAGAUUUCAUCAAGACAAUCACUCUAAUCAUGGAGCUUCAUGGUAAAACGUCUAUAUAUGCUGGUUACGUAUUGUUAUUAAAGCUUCACAAAUUGCCGAAGAAUAUGUAGUAUUCUUGAUUGGAAGUGUCCUAGGAGAUGUCAGAUCGACAUGGUCAAUGAAUGUUUUGUUUCUAAAGAUAACACUUCAUUGAUAUAUGUUGAUGUGAAAUUGAAGGACUUUACAAGAUCUGUUGUACCUGUUCUAAUAAGAAUUAUCCUUGUAAGAAACAAAUUUCUAGUCGGUCAAGAGAGAAACAGAGUUUUAUUCUUAUGGGAAUGCCAACUGUUUGCUGGCAGAUCUUGCCACCAAACUUCAAAGAUGUUAUCAACCAGAAAUUCAGUCAUUCUGACAAAAUCUUACUAGGGAUAAUCAUCUUGGCCUUAUAUAUGUCGUGUGAUUUUCGAAAUACGCUCCAGUAUUGCUCAUAACGAUGUGUGUACUUGUAUCGCCAUAGGAACAGUAGACUAACCAGACUUUUAUACCGUUUUAUAGACUUGUAAUACCAGGGUUUUAGUUUAAAGGGGGUAUUGUCACUAAACUAAUGUGACAAAUAAAUAAUGAAUAUUUUAUACUGGCUGUGUCAUUUCCUUAAUAUCAUAGAUUAUUUGAGUAUGUAAUUUAGCACCUCGACCCUCUUACUAACCAUUGUGUAUUAUUCCAUUGAAUACAGCCUACACAUAUGAUAUUAUAUACAUUAUGUAACAGCAGUGCUAUGAUUCAGUUAAAUGACACGUGCUCCCCGUGUUGUUUAUUUCAAUCAAUUUGCAAACACAUUUACACGUAGCCAUAAUAUAGGCCCCAUAAUUCGUUUGAAUUGUCUGGUAUUGACGUACUUAUCCCAUUUGGAAUGAUGAGCUUGUGAUAAUAAAAAACACGCAUUUUGUUGGC